AGAGGAGGUGGGAGUGGAUCAGAGUAUUUCAUACAAAAGCCUGUAUUCUGCUCACUGACAUGUGUUGGUAUUCAGGAGUAGGAACCAGCAGUGAUAAACAGUGAUACUGAGUUAUUCUUCUGCCCCAUGGGGUAUAUGAUACAAACACAGGAUUCCAUGGAUAGGUUUCAAUUCCAGUUUUGUUUUUGUCUCUGCUCAGUGAUGCGUUAUUCAGGUCUUAGAGACAAUCUAACCUGCUCCGUGUGCUGUAAGAUUUAUACAGAGCCUGUAACUCUGCCGUGUGGCCAUAACUUCUGUCUGGUCUGUAUUGUGAGAACAUGGGAAGAGCAGAGGAACAUAGAGGAAGAUCCUUCCUGCCCUCUGUGCAGACAGACAUACAGGAGAAGUCCAAAACUGAAGAGGAACCAGAUGCUGAGUAAAAUUGUGCAGAAGUUUAUUUUUACUCAGCCGGAACACAGUGGCCCCAGGGACUUCUGCACUUACUGUCUCCACUCAGCUGUCCCCUCAGCUGUACCAGCAACUAAAUCCUGCCUGCACUGUGCCACCUCUAUGUGUGAGGAUCAUGUGACACAGCACAGCCAAUCACCAGAACAUGAAUUAACUGAACCCGCCGCAAGAUGCUCCGCCCACCAGGAGCUGCUGAGAUUUCUCUGCACUGAGGAUGGGGCCCCUGUCUGUGUGUCCUGCUGUCUGGCUGGGGAGCACCGGGGCCACAAGGUGGAGCUGCUGAAUGAGGCUUCAGAGAUAAGAAAUAUUCAAGUGGAAGUGGGUGCAGGACUGAGAGACAAACUGAGCUGCUCCGUGUGCUGUAAGAUUUAUACAGAGCCUGUAACUCUGCCGUGUGGCCAUAACUUCUGUCUGGUCUGUAUUGAGAGAACAUGGGAAGAGCAUAAGAACAUGGGGGAAUAUCCUUUCUGCCCUGAAUGUGGAGUGAGAUGUAUGAGAGAGAAGGAACUGAGAAAGAAUAACACAUUGUGUAACAUAGUGCCAUUACUUGUGCCUCCCCCUGAGCACGACCCCUUCUGUGUACCCAAGCACAGCAAGUCAGCAGAACAUGUCUCAUCUGAACCCAGCGCUUCCCCCGGCCUCACACACUGCUCCGCACACAGGGAACUGCCCCGCUAUCUCUGCACUGAGGAUGGGGCCCCUGUCUGUCUGUCCUGCUGUCUGGCUGGGGACCACCGGGGACACAAGGUGCAAAUGUUCCAUGAGGAGCAGUAGUAGCUAAGAAAAGAUUUUGGUAAAAAAAAGGUGACCAUUCACACACAGAUUUGAUUCACAUCUAAAGUUCAUAACUCUGCCCUACAUCUCAGAACUCACCCCAGAUACUCACCAACCACUAGGGUUGCACCCCUUCUCUGGAAUUUUCUCCCACGUUCAACCAGUCGCUCUGCCUUUAAAGGACAAGGAAAGUUCAACUAAAAAAGUAGGUAGAAAUGUUGUACAUGAUGUUUUGUGCUUCUGUA